GUCGCGCGCGCGGGCAGCUAUGACAUUUCGCAGCCGCAGCAGCAGCAGCAGCAGCAGCAGCGACGGCGCGGAUCCGCGGAGCGAGACAAAGCCAACCAACGCACCCGGGGCAGAAAGACGCUGCCAUUCGCUCGAGCGCUUUAGAUCCCGGCUUGAUUAGGGAAUCAACUUGUAUUCCGAAGACGAAGAAACCGAGAUGUCGAUAAGAUUCGGCCUAUAAAAGCCAACUCGCGCCGUCCGGCGACGCUUGGCUCGCAACUCUCGCAAAGAUGUCGCCGCCGCCGCUCCUCGGGUGCUCCGUCGCGCUGACGCUCCUCCUGCUCUCCAGCCAGCUGGCGAGCGGCAAGAAGGGCCCGGGCAAGCCGAGCUGCGCGUUCAACGCGUCGACGGACCUAAACGCGACGACGCUCUAUCUGGAGGCGAGCGGCACUCGCUUCCGCUACCCCGACGCCGCGGGCCAGUUGAGCUUGGGCGACAAGGACAAGGAGGCGCCGGGACUGCGCAUCGCCUGUCCGGCCGGCUCGAUCGUGCUCGGCGCCAGGCCGACGAACCUGACGUCCUCGCUGCUCGAGUGCGUCGGCGGGCCGACCGUCAAGCUCACCGGCACCUUCCUCUUCUCGCCUCUGAAGCAAAUCGGCUGCGACGUCAAGGCGGAGCCCACGCUCCGGCUGACCAGCAGAACGGCCGGGGACGGCAAGAGGAUCGUCGAGGUCGGCUACGCUCUGGCAAAGGACGAGUUUUUGCCCGUGAUCGAGGACCUGGCGGUGAACAGCUGGUCGGGCGGAUUCAUUCCCAGGUGGGCGCACUUCAAAGCACUGCCCGUCAAGUCGACGGUUGCCGCGGGCAAAGCGGCACUGAGGCCAAGUCCCUUGGCGCCGAAGGUGAACUUCGCCGCGGUCUACGACGCAGCGAAGCAGAGAAACUCCUUCGCGAGCCUGUUCAACGACACGGCUCUCGUCGACAAGUACCUGCCGGCCGACGGUACGCACUCGUUCGUGGCCAGUCAGCUGGUCUCCCAGGACGACCUGUACUACGAGAGCCAGCGCAGCGCCGCGAGCUACUACGAGACGACGGUGCCGGUGUGGAAGUCCGUGGAGACGGGCAACUGGAGGCGCGUGGGCGAAGCCGUGCGUCGGUUCGCCGCCGAGUCACCGACCGGCGACGUGGACAUCUGGUCCGGCAGUUACCUCAGCCUGUGGCUGCGCGACGCGCGCAACAAGACCACCUAUGUCAAUCUGCCGCGAGGCCUCAAGCCCGCGCAGUUCCUCUUCAAGUACGUGCACCAAGCGUCCGCCAACAAGGGCAUCGUCUUCGUCACCGUCAACAAUCCGCACCUGACCGCGGCCGACGACAGGAACGUCAUCUGCGAGGAGGUCGCCGCCUGCGCCAAGGAGCAUCCCGAAUUCGGCAACCUCGCCAAGGGAUACACCUACUGCUGCUCGCUCAAGGGCUUCGAGAGCCACGCCAAGAGGCUGGGAUUGCCCCUGUUCGCCGACGCGAGCCAGCUGUUCGCCUAAACUCGGCGUCCGCCAGCACUUCUCUUUCUCAAUAAAAUCACACCUCA